UUUUGAAAACAUAGUUAUAAUAGAGUUAUUCUACUACCUUCGCGUGAUCAACUUACUUGGAUUUGUAAUUUGUAAGAAAAGAGAAAGUUGUGAAGGAAGGAAUAGAGAAGCACAAAACAUGAGCGGGUACAAAGCAGAUGAUGAAUACGAUUACCUUUUCAAGCUGGUUUUGAUUGGUGAUUCUGGAGUUGGCAAAUCUAACCUUCUUUCCAGGUUCACCAAAAACGAGUUCAAUUUGGAGUCCAAGUCCACCAUAGGUGUCGAAUUCGCCACCAAAACUUUGAAUAUUCAUGCUAAAAUCAUCAAGGCUCAGAUUUGGGACACUGCUGGACAAGAAAGGUACCGUGCCAUUACCAGUGCUUACUACCGAGGAGCUGUCGGGGCCUUACUUGUCUACGAUGUAACCCGCAGUUCAACAUUUGAGACUGCUGGGAGAUGGUUGAAGGAGUUAAGGGAUCAUACAGACCCCAACAUUGUUGUCAUGCUUAUUGGAAAUAAAUCAGAUCUUAGACACCUUGUUUCUGUCUCAACUGAAGAUGGAAAAGCUUUUGCAGAGAAAGAAUCCCUCUACUUCAUGGAGACUUCUGCUUUAGAAGCAACCAAUGUUGAAAAUGCUUUCACCGAGGUUCUUACUCAGAUAUACCACAUAGUGAGCAAGAGAUCUGUUGAGGCUGGUGAUGGCGCUAGUGCUUCAGGUGUUCCAUCUAAAGGACAAACAAUAAAUGUGAAAGAGGAUUCUUCAGUUUUGAAAAGAUAUGGAUGCUGCUCAAAUUAGAAGCUUCAUCUGUGGCUGGUGGUUUUAAUAGCCUGUGUCAAUUUGUAAAUGCUGUCAUGAAAUCAUUCUAUAGAAUAAACUUAGUCUUACAUAUUGUAUGUAUGUAAAUUUUUUAGUUGCAUAUCCUUAUGCAGGAUUUAUGUUUCUUAAAACGGUAUUUCGAUAGACACAUUUGAUACAAGUCUGUGUAACUAAAUUCCAUAAUUAAGACCAUAACUGUUUGCUGGAUUUUAAUAUCUGUUAUGCUGUAAGUUCGGUGCA